AUGAUAUCUGUGUCGCUUCAGCGAGCACUAAUAUGCUUGUGUUUGUGGAGUUGCUACUGCACAGGAAACCAGUCAGUGCUGUCUAUGCCAGUUUCCAGCAGCAAUCUUCAGUGCAGUACUGCAAAUAAGAACCCUUGCGAGUUAUUCCCAGACUUAUGUUCAGCAGGUGGUGGCCUUUGCGUUGUCAAGGCUCCGUGUGAGUACCAGUGUGUCUGUCCCCCAGACGGAAGAAUUGCCCGGGAUUGUAUCAGCGAUACCAAACUGGAGCCUGGGCUGGUUGUGGAUACUUUAGUCAUUUUCCCGCCAGACUUGUUCUCCGACACGAAUGAUUCGGCCACAGCCGAAGCUCUCACUGCGCCGUCUGCCCAGUCGGAAAAAGAAACAGUUUUAACAACCACAUCAGCAACAGUAGCAACAGCUAAUGUAACCACGGCUUCUUCUAACAGUUCAUCGCCACAUGUAAAAACUAGACUACAUAAAAAGGGAGCAAUGUCCGCAGAUAGCAUGUCGGUUCACGAAGAAACAGAUACAGUAUUGGAAGAUUCAGAGACCCUUGAACAGAACAAUUCUUCAUCUACAGUCAGUUAG